AUGUCCAGCGAAGACUUCAACGCGCGUCGCAGCACGACUCCCUCUGGAGACCCGCGUACCAACAACCCUCUUCUCGGUCCCUCGAACCCUCUCGUCUCAGAGCUCGAACAGGAAGUCCUAGACGAAUAUAGCCGUCUACUAGAAAACGUGAACAAGCUAUCCGAUACCCUCGCCGACCUCGCUGGCUCACCAGCCUCUCUCACACUCGACGGCUUGCGUCUGCUCGAACGAAAGACUGCGACUGUGUACACAUUGCUCAAGGCGAGCGUUUACAGCAUCGUCUUGCAGCAGCAAAUUAUUACCGAGGGAGAAGCAGCGGCUGGGCAGCAGCAGAACAUAGAGGGAGCUUCUGUGAUGACGAGUAUGACCGGUGGAGAAGGGGAUACUAUGACGCAGUGA